AUGUCUCUGUUUCUCGAAACAGCAAAACUCACAGCCAGUGCGCAAAUACACGCUCUUGAGACGCUUCUGGCGAGCUCUCCAGCCUUCUGCGCCUCUCAAAAGGAAGACAUUUUGCACAUUCUUCUGGUUCUCACUCCAGAAUUGCUGGAUCCAAAGGAAUACAUGGGGCUCGUCAACAAGGUGGGAAAGGGGCAAUUGGACAAGGGACAAGAUACGGGUAGUGUGGUUGGAGAUGAGGGAUUCAUUCCAGAACUCGUGAUCAAGUCUCGAGAACAAAAGCUGCUGGCAUACCUCGAUUCAGUGGUACCCAAACCUGUGCACAACUUUCUGGAGGAACGAAUCCGACUCGUGUUCAAGGUAUCACAUGAUACGCAGUUGAUGGAGCAGCUGAUCCUGCAGAGUGGUUACCACAACAACUCGGAGGAAGUUGAUUGGGUGGCAGGCGUACCCCAGGUGCUCAUCAACUACACGCGUCUACAUGGUAUCAACCCUGGGUUGACAAUUGAUGAGCUGGAGAACGGAGAUCCUUCCCACGUGAUUGAACUUCUGGGCUCGCAUCUGAGAACGCCCUCUGCUGAGGACGACUUGCAGCUUGUGUUGGAGCCUUACGUUGCUUACAAAAACUGCUGGGCUGUCUUCCGAGAUUUUGUGAGUCACGUGACACAAUCCAAUACACCUCUUUUAGCUACUUUGGCGCAUAACGUGACUUUCCCCGAGUCCGAGCGAGAUGCUUUCAUUCAGAUCGUGUUGAAGAACUCUUUUGAAGCUAACGAUACUCAAUGGGAUGCUCUUGCUCUGAUCACAGAGUCUCCUGCGGUUACUGGAGCUAGUCAUUUGACCAGCCAUUUCACGAAGCAGCUUGUUGAGACCUGCCGGUUGUUGGAACCUGCUAUUCCAUCUAUCACCCUUCAACGGGCUAAUAAGGUGACUACUUCUGGGGAGGAAGUUCAAGUGGAUCUUCUGGAUGACUUUGUGUUUGCUGAGGACUGGUUAAAGCGUACCUCUGACCAGUGGCAGACCUUCAUUACUGCCACAGAGGUUCUCGUGUCGCUGAAGACUGUUUUCAGCACUCUUUCCGAUUCCCAGGUUAAUCAGAAGGUGUUUGAAGCAUUGCUGGGAGCCUCUCAAUUUGAAAUUGCCAAGACCACGUAUAUUUUGGGUGGUCUCGUUGAUUCCGAGUUUGUUGAAAAGGCCAUUCUGGCUCAGUUUUACACUUUCUAUGAUGCUGCUACCAAUGGUAACCACACUCGAGGAAGCAUGAAGAGUGCCAAGCUUGUUUUGGGUAUGGCUGACACCAAUACACGUACCAAACACCAGUUCAAGGUGGCCCAGUGUCUUUUGGAGGCCACAAACACGCUGUCUAACUACUCUCUAACCCUCAAGCCCGGCACUCUGACCCGUCCUGUUGAUAUUCGCAACCACGAUGCUCUUCAGGUGAUGGAUCGCGUUCUGGAUCUCAACCCGGAUGCUUACAAGAACUGUCCGAAGCUCAUCCACGUGACCAGACAGCUAUUGGAUGGUCUGGACAAGUCUGAGUCCAUCUCGGACGCUGACAUCGAGACUCGCAUUUACACACAGGCCGUGACCGCUGCUCUGGUUCAUGACGAUUUCGACACUGCGCAGAAACUGUGUGCCGCCCAUGAGUUGCCUUGGACUGCAUACUUCCAGGUGGGCAAGUACGUCAGUCCGUCACGUGACAUGGACGAGUUAGUGGCCCUCAAACUCGAGACACUGUCCACAGCUCUGGCCAAGUGUCCACCAGAACACCUAUCAGCUGUUCUGCAUGCUUGGAGAGACGUGGAGGAAAUGAUGGUGAGCCUGCCUGAGUCACGUGAGUCGGUGGUUCAGCCUUCGGUAGUGUUGGCUGAUGUGUCUCGGGAAGCUGGACGUAAAAGAGACCAACUCAGCAGCAUGUUGGUCAGUGGUCUGGGAUGGGCUAUUGGUGCUAACAAGGAGUAG